GAGCACCUUCAUCGACAGCACAAUUCAGCCUCAUAAAAUUUUUAUGCUGGAGCCAAAAACGCAACGGCCACCGUCAAAAGAAUGUGAACGCCGCUGGCUUGGUCUCCCCAGCCCAUCUCCCCGGCGAGAAAGAGGAAAAGGGUGGAGAGACAAAGAGAGACACGGCGAUGAACGUGGAGGAAGAAGUGGGUCGACUGAAGGAAGAGAUACGGAGAUUGGGUCAGCAACAACAGGAUGGUUCAUGUAAGGUCAAGUUUGGAGUCCUGUUCAACGACGACAGGUGUGCGAACAUAUUUGAAGCACUUGUUGGAACCUUGAGGGCAGCAAAGAAGAGAAAAGUGGUCACAUAUGAUGGUGAGCUGCUGCUUCAGGGUGUUCAUGACAACGUGGAGAUAACCCUCUUGCCCUCUGCGGCCGCCCCUGCUUAAAUGUCCAUGAUACGUGUGACCAUGGUUUGUGUUAUAUGCAUUGCAGCUGUCGUGUUCGGAGAUUGAGUAUCUCAAAAUAAAUGAUUUGGUUGUUGCUAUUUAGCUCGAGUGCUCUACCUGGUUUGCAGCAUGUUUGGGUUUGCGUUCGUCUAUGCUCUGUAAAACUGGAUUAACCAAGGAUUGUCAUUCCAAUUUGAUUCUGGUGCUAUCUUGCACUUUCAGCUGGAGCAGUCGUUAUUGCUGCAUGGAUAGGCACCAUACGUUUAUCUUCGUCACUUUGUGGAUGAUCACUCAACCUUUAUCUUUGUGGAUUGUGGUACACCAUACGUUUCAGCUC